AUGUAACUUACAUAAACACUUGAUUAUGAAACGUCAAAAUUGCGGCGAAAUUUGAAUGAACCAUGAACAGAAGUCCACGAUGGAUACUCGUUUUUGGUCAACUAACGUGUUUAUAGAAAAGCUGAUUUAUAAAGCUACAACAUUCAGGCAGAAAGCUGUACUGCUAUGAGGCUAAUAUAAGGUGGUGCUGCUUCGUCAAAGAGAUUGUCGUAGUUCAGUUAUUACUUCGUCGAAAAUUUUGCAUAUCUUUGUGAAAUUGUUUGCGUCAUUUUUGUAAUUUUAUUUUUACACGUCGAAACUCUACCUUCAGUUGGAAGGGAAAAACGUCUAAAUGAACUCCACGACGACACAAGGCGCAAGAAUUUUUCGUAAACUACGGUUUUCAAGAUGUUACCCAACCUCUGAAUUCUCAUCAAAUAUUAGUCGUUCCAGCAGCUCGCCUUUCUUUCCAAGAAGUCGCAAUUCAAGAACAAUAAGAACGUCCAGUUUGACAGGAACGUGUUCAAAUUUCAGUGAUGCCUUUUCAGAGGAGAAUAAAGACCGCCUUGUCAGGCAGCUUGGAAAAAUGAGAACUCCUAAGUCUUUGCUGGCAAGGUGCUCUGAGGAGGCUGCUGUAUUUGUCCCUUUCUGUCUUGUGAACUCUGUUCCCUCAGUGCUUUUUACUCUUCGUUCCAGUCAAUUGAACAGUCACAAAGGAGAAGUUAGGUUAGUUGUUAAUCUCAUGGGGUCACUAUCUUAAUUAUCUGUAAAUCAUGAUAAUAAUCCAUAGUUAUUGUGGAGGCAGAGAUAGGGCAGAGGUGGAAGGACUGGCCUCAGUCUGAAAUGGCCUGAGUUAGACCAUAUGUUUUUGUUGUUGGUUGUUGUUUCUCUCUAGGUUCUCUGGUUUUCAUCUCACCUCAAAAACCAAUACUCCAAAUUGCAGUUCCACUUGAAAACAGUCAAUAGAGCCAUCUUGUAGAACUGCCUCUGCUAAAAUCCAUUUUUUCCUUCCCUUUUUCCUUCUUUGUGAAUGUCCUUGAACCUCAUCGCUUAAUCAAGUUGAGCUGUUUAUCCAAGUUUGGUAUUAAGCUUAAUAAGCAAUCUGAGAUUUAAUAUCAGAUAAUUUAAAUCAAUCAAUGUUUCUUGAUUCCUGGCACAGUUUAGGCUAGUAUGAAUCUUUUAUGUAAUGACUUAUUGCCAUCAUUUCAUAGUUUUCCAGGUGGUAAGAGAGAUCCUGAAGAUAACAGUAUUGUAGACACAGCUGUUCGGGAAAUGGAAGAGGAAUUAGGACUAGAGAGAAGUUGUGUUCAAGUCUGGGCACAGAUGCCAGCAUUUCCAGAUCGGGUAUCUAUUUUUAUAUGAGUAUGAAGAUGUGAAAAGUCUGUACAUGAGCUUAUUAGCCCACCCAGGUGGAGCUUAUCGCAGUUUCCAAGCAGCAUGAAGUGACUAGGAGUAAAUACUACUCCCCCCAUGGAUGGGACACUAGUCUAUGGCAAGAUUUUCCCCCCAGCAUUUCAUCAGGAUUCCUAACAAUUUUCCCAUACCCAUGAGGCCGGGACACCAUGAGAGUAAAGUAUUUUGCCCAAGAAUGCAACACAGGCUUGGUCUCGAACUUGGACCUCUCAACUGGGAGUCUAUAUCACUCACCAGUAUACCACUGCACCUCCCUCAGUUGUAGAAAUGAUAAAUUUUAUAUCUGUGGGACAGGGAUAUUAACACUGAUAUUUGAAUUAACCUUUUAACUAUCAAGGGUGACCAAGACAUAAUUUUUUCCUUUACAAUUAUCAAGAAGACAAGAGACAAGAAAAAAUAAAAAUAUCUAUUAGGGGAUUAUUAAUUGAUCCAAUACUAAAUUCUCUAAACUAACAUCAUAAAAACUGUAUGGUGGACUGAGUAAGAAGAAUUACUUUAAGUGAGUGAAAGGGUGUAAGACUCACUGUUGACUAGGAUGCCACGCAUGCAUUUGUCAGUUAUUUUGUUAUAACUGAAAGUUGCUGGUGGAGCAGAAAAGCUUUUCGUGAGAUGAGAGCAGUGUGAAGUCUAUGUAGUUCUGCAAUAUUUUCAUUCAUUUAUGACUGUCAUUGUAAACUUUAUUUUAGACUGGUAAAAAAGCUGUCACUCCUGUUAUUGGUUUUCUUGGAGAAAUUGAUGUGAAUUCACUUAAAUUAAACCCAGAGGAGGUAAGGAAUCAAUAAUGAAAAUAAUAACUAUAACAGUUUUUUCAAACUUUUCUUUUAGUCAUGUGUAAAAUUUUAUUCCUGGUUAGUGUAUUGAUCUGGGUAACAUAAACACAGUGUCAAAACAACAUCAAGAAGAAGAGUGAUGAAAAUAAAGAAAAAUAUCAAUUAGGGGAUUAUUAGUUGAUCCAAUACUAAAUUCUUAGAAUAGAAUUGUAAGCUUUGUAUGGCAGACAGUAUGGAGAAUUAAAAUUGAUCUUGGGAGCGAAAGGGUUAAAUUAUCAUUAAAAAUGGAGAUUUCACAACAUCAUACUCUUUAAACUUAUUUAUUAGGAAAUUCUAGUGAUUGAAAUGGGGACAGGCUUGAAAGGAGAAAAAGAAUGAAAAGAUAUCUUAGAACCAAAAGCUUAAUUAAUUUUAUAAAUUUUCUCAUCUGUAGGUGGAAUCUGUCUUCACUCUUUCACUGGCACAUGUCUGUAAUCCACUCAAUCGAGGCUAUACUAAGUUUACAUCUCAGACUGUCUAUCCAUUGUUUCUCAAUGGACCUCGCAAGAUUUGGGGCCUCACUGCUAUAGUGCUUGAACAGGUGCUUCUGCUUGCUGUUCCAGAGAGUUUUCAAGAACAGUUUUUUAGGCCUGCAAAUAAAAAAUGACCUACAGCAAGCAUGAAGCAGUAUGCAAAGUAGUGGAAGUGAAGAAUGCUUAAGUGAAUGUAACACAAGGUGGUAAGCUUUUUGAUAAAAUAAUGCAAAAAUUCAAUAUAAAGGAAAGAAUAAUUAGUUAAAAAGAAAAGUCAACACUGCCAAUAUUUUCUGUGUGAACGGUGCUGUUUUAUUUUGAAAAUAUAUUACUAAACAUUUUUGUCAUAAAUUGUACAAAUCAUUGUGUGACCUUUUACAAAAACCAAACAGUAAUAGUAUAUGUGUCUAAGAUGAAUAAUUAGCUCAUUUCCACUGAAUGGCUCAAAUUACAAGCUCAGUAAUUUAUAACCUGUCAGAGUUACAUUAAGGGCCAAUAUUUUGGUAGUUAUGAUAAAAAAGACCACAUUUCUUUAAGAAGAGAUUUUGCAACUUUUUAGUUGCUUUCCAAGUCUGCAUAACAGUCAAUAAAUCAUUCAAGUAUUAAAUGAUAAUCAUUAUACAAGUAUUGUGAUAAUCAUUGGUAAUGAUAAUGCUAGACAAUUUUUUAAGAGUAUAAUUUCUGUGGCAAAGUCAAUAUAGAAUAUUAUGUACUUACUUAUUUCCAGUCUGCCUAUUGUUUGUGUAUCCAGAAUUUAACUAAUUACAACCUCACUGUGUUGUUUGUAUAACCCAUAGUCACUGUUACAGUAUUAUGUGCAGGUGACCAUUUCUUAAUCAACAGAUAUAAAACAACUUUUGAAUUAUCUCUGCUAAGUUAUCAUAUAAAGCAACUUUUAACCCUUAAACUACCAGAAGUGAUCAACAUCUAACUUCUCUCUAUUGUAUCCAUACAUUAUCCAGUAAGCAGGUUAUGAGAAUUAACCCAAAGUUAUCUGCAGGAAGAAGUUGUUUUCUUGAUCUAAAAUUUAAUUCUCAUAACUAAUUUCAAGGAAAUGUGCAGCAGCUAAAGGGGAGAACUGACAAUCAGAUCGUGGGAGUUAAGGGGUUAACCCAAAAAGGGU